CUCUUCCUGUUUGGGGGCCUUCUUUUAUUUACGUCAUUGUUAUGCGACUACUGGCUUUAAGCUAGCGAAAACGUUAGCUAAAUGGUCGAAAAUACUACCUUCUAUUGUUGGGCUCUAGGCUGUGAGUGACACUGCCAGGGAGGGAUGAGGAUACGGCUGCAGGGCUUAGGCCAUGCCGCCGGCCUCCUCACCGAGCUCAAUCACUGCCGUCUCUCCCGCCUCUUCUGUGAUGUCAUCCUCCAGGUGGGGAGCCGCUCCUUCACGGUGCACCGUGCGGUGCUCGCUUGCGCUGGGACACACUUCCGUAGCCUGUUCUCAGGUAGGGGGAAACAGAUCGGAACCUCUGGAGCCGGAGCUACGACAACGUACUCUCUGGACUUUGUGUCCCCGGCCAACUUUGAGAAGGUGCUGACGUUCAUCUACACCGGAGAGAUCUUCACAGACCUGAUAGAUGUAGGGGUGCUGUAUGAGCUGGCAGAGAGACUGGGGGUGAGAGAGCUGGUGAGAGCCUGUCACACUACCUUCCCUGACCUGCAGCAGCUGGGCUCAGGGUCUGCAGACUGUGUGGCGGAUGGAGACCUGGACUCUGACAUGGUUGCUGCUGCAGCUGGGUCAUCAAUGUGUUCGUCGUCUGCAGCAUCUUGUUCCUCUCUGUCGUCAUCUGCUGGUCCCUCGGCUGCUCCUACCCCGGCGUCAGCACCAUCACCUCUCCCUCUCCCCCAGGGCAGCAGGGUGGCCAGGCUGGGCCGGAGUGUUGGACACACAGUCACUCUGUCCCUGCCUCUCAAAGCAGAAGAUGAGCAGUCUCACCUGGGCUAUGGACAGAUGGCAGAAGACAAACAGAUACAGCUGGCUGGAGAUCAGCAGAGUUCAGUAGGUAGUCUCUCCACUGUAGCUGUUGGGGCCACCCCAGGACUUCUCCUUCCCUUGCAGCUGAAGACUGAGGAGGGCGUGGAGGUGAUGAUGGGAGACAGGGUUGGUAACAAUGAGGAGGAACAGAUGGUAGCUAGUGGGAGUAGAGCUGGUUCUCCAACUCCAUGUGUGUCUGACGCCUGCUCCUUCCCUGACUCGUCAGCCCAGCUGGGAAGGGUGGUCUGUGGGGUGGAGGCUCCCUGCGCCCCCUCCUCCUUUAGAGACCUGCAGUCGGGGGUCGGGAGUCUGCAGUCGGGGGGGGUGGAUGGGCUUAACUCUGGCCACACAGGGGUGACAGGGGUCAUCUUCGAAGGGGAGGAGAAUGAAGAAGAUAAUGAGGAAGAGAGAGAGCAGCUACUGGGAGACGAAGAAGGGACUGACGGAGGAGGGGACCUGUGGAGACCCCUGGCUGAAGAUGUCAUUGAGCUGAGCGAUGAUGAGAAUUACAUGGAGGAGGAAGAAGAUGAGGAGGACGAUGAAGAUGAGGACUUUGUGUGUGUGGAGAAUGGAGCAGUGGUUGGCAGAGAGGGAGUGGACCCUGGCCAGAAGUCGGGUAUGGUGGUGUGUAAAGCCUGUGGGAUGGAACUGUUAACAGAGUCUGCUGCCCUGGGGGCCCACGCGGAGACCCACCUUACUGAGACAGGGACCUGCAGGGUGUGUGGGGCAUCUUUCCCUGGGGACCGCGGGGCCAGCAUCACCCACGCCCUGUCCCAUGUGGUUUUCUCCUGUGACAUGUGUCAUCUCCAGUUCUGCAGCCAGGCCAAGCUGGUACGCCACAGACGCCAGGCGGCUGCUCGGUACACCCUCCCCAGUCAGCUCCACACCGCCACCCAGGGGCACAAUGGGGAGCUGCAGUGUGCCGUCUGUAACAAAACCCUCACCAAGGAUUUCCAGGUCAUCAGGGAUCACCUGCUGAGUCACGUGUCUAUCCAGUCACUGAGCUGUGGUGUGUGCCUGUUACCCCAGCCCUCCCUGUGUGCCCUGCUGUGGCACGCCCUCACCCACCUCUCCCUGCCAGUCUACUCCUGCCCUCUCUGUGCCUGCGGCUUCCUGGAUCGCCCUCUGCUGGACAGACACAUGGCCCUGCAUGCCGAGGAGGCAGAAACUGACAGAGAGGCCAUGAGGGCUCAUAAAGCAGCCGGGGCAGAGGGAGAGGAGGAGCUGCGUUGCUUCUUAUGCCCACAGACCUUCCGCUCUGGCACAGCCUUCCAGUACCACCUGAGUUUUCACACCAAUGAGACCCAGCCCCAGGGACAGGGCAGUCAGGGGUGGACAGGGAAACGUAAGGCUGACCAGCUGGAGUACUCCUGCUCCUCCUCCUCACCCCUGGAGGCUGGCAGCCUGGGGAAGCUUGGCAACAUGGGCUUUGACCUGGGGAUGGGCUCCUUCCGCCUCUCAGACAAGCUGCUUCAGGGGGCCUUGGCAUCUGGCUUCUCCGCAGGCCUCCUGUCCAAUGGGAACUCCUCUAGCAUGGGUGGGUUGGGCAUGGGCGCCGCUACUCCCCGGGGGAAAUGGUACCGCUGUCGCUUCUGCGGCAAACGCUUCGCCCACUCUGGCGAGUUCACCUACCACCUGCGCAUUCACACUGGGGAGAAGCCGUACCAGUGCAAGGUGUGCCUGAGGUUCUUCCGAGGCCGCUCCACCAUGAUCUGCCACCUGAAGACCCACGCCGGGGCGCUCAUGUACCGCUGCACUGUCUGCGGCCUGUAUUUCUCCACGCUCAAGCUGGUGUCCUCCCACAUGGCGAUCCACAAGGACCACCUGCCUCCAGACUUCAACAUAGAGCAGACCUUCAUGUACAAUGACCACUCCAAAGAACCCCUCCCCGCCCUGGACACCUAAUCAGCUACUCCUCUGGUGUCCUUCUGCCUUCAUCUCGCUUUCACUUUUAGUUCCCACGUCUUUUUUUGUCUUUGAGCUGGUCUAUCAUGCUCCUCCUCUUCUCUCUCUCUCUUUCUCUCUCUCUCUGGUUGUGAGCCUUAUAUAUAGACUUGUAGAAUGCAUUUAACUUGUUUUAUGUCUGUGUUUGAGAUGGUGUUUUGGAUGGAAGAGACCUGUUUUGUAGCAUAGCGUAAAGGACAUCUUCCUUGGAAGUAGUUUAGCCACUUGAUGGCAGUGUAUGCACUGUUGUCUAUGGAAGGACUUAUUACCAUUUACUGUUUGCAAGCUGUCUUCAAGUCAGUUGGCUUUUCCUAAAUUGCAGUCAAACAUUUUCCUAAGUGUACUAUUACUCUGCUUUACAAAAAGUGUUGUUUUUCUGUCAGUUAAGCACCAUGUAUUAAUUUAUAUAUGAAACACAUGAUGGACCGUCUGUGUCUGUCUGAGUGAAACACCAUAUUUACCACUGUGCACCAAGCGUUAAAGGCCCAGUGCAGUCAAAAACGUGAUUUCCUUGUGUUUUAUAUAUAUUUCCACAUCAUGUGGUUGGAAUAAUACUGUGAAAUUGGGACAAUUAUGGUUGUGAAAAGACGACCUGAAAUUCCAGCCUGUUUUAGUGGGAUGGAGUUUUUGCCUGCCUGGUGACGUCACCAGACGGUAAAUUACUUAAUAGACCAAUAAGAAAAAAGUUCCAAACCUCUCUGCCAAUUACUGCUACUUUUCAGUGUUCCCCUCAGACAGUCCUAGCAAAGUUAUUGCUUGCGAACUUGUUCUUUGCUAAGAAGCUAUUUUAGUUUAUUUUUUACCAUUUUAAUUGAAAAGAAUCACAGUAAGUUACUUCAUUGUUACCCAGAAAUGAUUUGAUAUUGAGAUUAAAAAAAAAAACAGCUGCAUUGGACCAGUAAGUGUACCUGACCAGUCAUACUGUACUUUGCAACCAAUGAAUGUGGCCUUAAUGUA